AUGGACUUUGUCUUCCCGGAGUUCGUGCGUGCCUCCAACGACAUUGCUCCGCCGGCCCCGCCUCAAAAGUCACUGUGGCAGUUGGUGAUGGAGUCCGGGCCCAAUGACAUCAUUCCAGAGCGUGAUGUGCCACGACGUGCGGCGACCAACUGUGCAGGGGACUAUGGCAGUGGGAUGGAUGCACACCACGGGAUGAGCGGAAUGGACGGUGAUACAGCCGCAGCGGGCGUUACGGGGUUGAAUGCCAGCACGAAUCAUGCCGCUGUUGGAUUGACCUCGCGGACCUCAUGGACUCCUGCACCGUACAUGAUUCAACAUCUCAUGUCCUCUGGGUUUGUGUCGCAGUUUGCAAUGAUGCAUGGUGUUGAGUGCUCUGCACGGCUUCCUCCGCCUCCUUGCUUGCGGCUGCAGGACCUGCAGCUCCCGCCGCUUGUGCUAUCACGUCUCCGACGACAGUUGUUUUUUCCACAUGGCAGGAAGCCGUUGAAUUUGGAUGCCUC